GUCAACACUGCCAGCAAACCGGACUGAACGUCACAUUCCUCUUCCCUCAGUCUGGGACGUCGGAGUUACCACCAGAUAGCUAAUCCUCUUUCCCACUUCUCUUUUUGAGAAACACACCCAUGACACGGCGGAUUUGAUCUCAGGAGGUGAUCCCGGGUUCACCAGGAGUCAGAGUCUCACGUCGGGUCACUUUCCUCCUUCCCUUCCCCUCCUCCCCUUCCACCAAACCCAGCGCUGGUUGCCAUGGAGAACUCUUCGGUGGCAUCUGCAUCAUCUGAGGCUGGGAGCACACGCUCACAGGAGAUAGAAGAGCUGGAGCGCUUCAUUGACAGCUAUGUGCUGGAGUACCAGGUGCAGGGGCUGCUGGGAGAAAAGGCAGAUGGAGACUUGGAUUUGGACAAUGGUAGCAAGGUGCCACAGUGGACGGAUGACUGCAACGACAAGAAAGAUGGCAGCUGGACGUCUUCACGGGGGAGAGGCUCAUCCAAGCCAGACGAGUGGGAACACAGCAGUAAUGGCAGUACAGGUUCCAGACCAAGUUCGGGGUCCAGACCAGGCUCUGGCUCACGCUCCGGCAGCAGAGGCAGAAACAAUCAGUUCAAAGGCCCUUCCAAGAAUGGGAACAGAGAUGGAUCCUUUGACAUCCUGGGCACAGACAUAUGGGCUGCCAACACAAUGGACUCACAUGGAGGUGCAGGUUGGGACGUACAGCCAGAGAAACUUGACUUUAGCCAUUUCCACAGGAAACACUUCAGAGGAACGCCAAAGCUCCUGCCGCAUAUUGACAGAGAGGGGAUGAACAAAAACAACUUUGAAGAGGACGACAGCAUAGACAUGAAUGACAUAGAGAGGUUCCUACCCCAUCUGCGCUCAGUCUUCCCACCCCUUCCUAAUGAGGCUGAGAUCGCACACACCAAAAAGCUUUUCCGACGCAGGAGGAAUGACCGACGAGCGGUUGAUCAGUUCACCCGAGACCAGUUAACCAUACUUCUGCCUACUGGCCCUGGGGGAAAGCGGCAAGUCUCAGCCAGGAGACAGCAGCGGCCUCAGGGAGGAGGAGGAGGCGGCGGAGGAGGGAAGAACCAGCCUCAGCUGGUACAACAACAGUCACCCCAGCACCAGAGGGAUCAAACCCAACAGCAGGCUCAAAACCAACAGCAGCAGAAUUUAACAGAACUGGGAGAUAAUAGAAACAAUAGUGCUGACCGGCCACCUCGUCAGUACCAGGGAGGACAUGGGCAGCGCCAAGGGGGACCCCCACACCACGGAUACAGCCAGAACCGGCGUUGGCACCACAAUCAGAAAGGUCACGGGCACGGACAGUCAAACACUACAAGUGAUAAAGGAGUACCCCCAAGAACAACCAAAGACAAAGAGACUGAGAAUGUAAAACCAGGUGAUGAGCAGAUCAGACCGUCUCAAGACUGCAGCAGUAAGAGUCCUAAUGAAUCUCCCAAAUCUGAGUCAACACUCAUUAAAAAUGCUUUCCCAGAUCUGACAGUUAAUAAGGAAUCUCCCAACCCAGCAGGAAGUGGAAAGGCAAGUGAGGGCCAGUCGGAGCAGCCCAAAAUCAGCUUGCUGCAGUCGUCAAAGGAGAGGCUGAGGAGGAGACUAAAGGACAAGGAAGAGGCACGUGUGGAGGCGUCAGGCUCUGGGUCGCAGAACAUGGAUCGGCUGGUGGAUCUUCUCAACAGCAUGAGGAGCAACAGCAGCGGGGUGGAGCAGCAGCUUGCCUCUUUCAUGAAGGAGGCACAGUGCUCGGCGCGGUCCGAGGAAACCCUGGCUCAGGUGGUCAGCACAAUCUACUCCAAGGCUGUGUCAGACAGGAGCUUUGCCGCCACAGCCGCCAAGCUGUGUGACAAGAUGGCGCUCUUCAUGGUGGAGGGGACCAAGUUCAGAUCGCUGCUCCUCAACAUGCUGCAGAGGGAUUUCUCCCGUCGUGAGGAGCUCCAGCAGUCAGAUGUGGAGAGGUGGUUGGGUUUCAUCACCUUUUUGUGCGAGGUGUUUGGCACCAUGAGGAGCAGCUCUGGGGAGCCUUUCAGGGUGCUGGUGUGUCCCAUCUACACCUGUCUACGAGAGCUGUUAGAGUCCACAGACGUUAAGGAAGACGCAGUCCUCUGCUGCUCCAUGGAGUUGCAGAGCACUGGGCGUCUCCUGGAAGAGCAGCUCCCCCAGAUGAUGACAGAGCUCCUGGCAGCCGUCAGGGACAAGAUGCUUUGUCCGGCCGAAUCUCAGCUGACCCGCUCUCUCCUCAUGGAGGUCAUAGAGCUGCAUGCACACCGCUGGAGCCCCCUGGAGGCUCUCACCACCCAAUACUACAACCGUACCAUCCAGAAGCUCACCACCACUGCCUAGGUGCCAGCUCCCCUGGGAGGAGAGGAGACAUUUUUCAGUUGCGCAAAAAUCUGCUCUUCUAGUUUUACCGUAAAACAGGAAGUUAAUAACAACGUCACUCUCUUGCCGAAAUAAAUUAAUUCUUCACGUGGUUACUGAAUGUAACUAUACAAUUCGAUACUUUCUUCAAGAUAGUUGACCACUGCCACAAACAAACCACACACCAGCUACCAGGCAGGUAGCCUUCAGCCAUCCACGCAACACUAUAUCUGGUGUUCAAACAAUAACAAGCCUAUCUGACACAGAUUUGAGAAAAGACUAGUGAAUAGAUGGCCAGUAGAGGCGUGCUUGGCCACACAGAGUGUUGGAGCGGCUGCUGAGGGGUAAAGGAGGGAACAGACAAGAGAAGGGUCACACAGAGGAGAGGCAGAGAGGGCAGCAGCCUGUCCUUAGGGAAUAGAGAGAUCUGUACCCAAAGAUGAAUGGAGGAAGGAGGGAGGGGGUGGCCAGGGUAGUCCGUGUCAGUCUCUUCAUUGUGUUCAUUUGCCCCGCCACCCUCCCCUUCCCUCUGUCUCUUUCUCCUUCCCCCACCUCUGUCUCUCCAUCAGCCCCUGGGGUCUGUGUGGCUGAUAAAAGAGAGGAGGAGGAGGAGGAGGCACGGAGCAGACACGGUGCUGUCUGUCUGGGCCGUCUGCCCCGCCGAGCCAGGGGACCAGGUCAAAGGGCCUCGGUGUGGAGCUCCCCGGCUCCCACAGCCCCUCCCUGCCUUUGUCUCCGCCAACUCCCCAUCCACUACACCCCCCAAAGGAAGCCUUUUUGUGGGGAUGAGACAGUGGGCCUGCUGGGCUGGGCUGGACUGAGGAUAAGGAUCAGGCUGGCUAGAGUAGGGUGGCAGAUGGCCGUUUGAGCCCUUGUGAGACGACACACUCCUAACACUCCCCUCUGGCACCCGGGCUCCCUGCUCCCCGAGCUCGGGCCAGUCUUACCAAUAGCGGGGGGGGUUUCAGAAUUAGAACAGCAUUAAAACAGAUACUGCUGUCUGAUAAUUCUUUUGUUUUUGUCCUACAGGAGAAUGUCUCUUCUCCUCUUUUAAGUCGUGCAUGUCCACAUCAUUGAUAUUAUUAUAUUAUUUUUUUAAUCAGCUAUUGUUUUUAUUAUUGUUGUUUCAUUUUGAAGUCUUGUUUUUAUGAUAAAAUGUAUGUAUGAGAUAUUGUAGUGGUAGGCCUUAUUGCACAGGUUUGAUUUGUUUUGCACUGUCGUGAGGCGAUUUUCUUUCAAAAAAAAAAUUCAAAAUAAGCAAAAGUUUGAAUUUGAAUCAGUGCUUGUGGUAAUAUAAUAUGAAAAAUCUCAAAUGAGAGAAAUGGGUUGAGCAUAGUGAGGGAUUUUAGGAUGUGUUAAUGGACUAGUGGCCUUGUCAAUUCUCCAUUUUUAUAGGAGCUCUCUUGCUUUGGGGCCUGCAGGGCCUGAGGCAGCAGGGAUCAGGGUGAGGACUAAACAGUUGGACUUAUUCACAUCGUUCUGUUGCUUAAAAAAAAAACACAUUUGAAGAGGAAAAAAGCGAUGUGACAACAAAAAAAGGAGCAUGGCGCACAGAGAAACAGAAGCGAUGGGUUUCUUCAAAAUUUUCUCUUACUCAAGCCAUUCUUUGCAGUGGACAUUUUGCAAGUGUUUAAUAUCGACUGUAUUUGAUCCUGCUUUGUUUUUGACAAAAAUGACAACUAUUAACCUGUGUAUUUGAAGAUGACAGUGAUGAAAAGCAGAAAAUCACAUUGUAUGACCUCAUUAGCUUCUCAUAUGUGACCCUUAUUCCAGCUUACGUGUGUACUAUGAUAUUGACGUACCAAGCCAAUCAUGUACCAUUUGUAAAUGGGCUCUAUAUAUAAUCUGCAUACAGUAUAUUUACAAGUAUUUAAAAACAUUGAAAUAGAGCGGGAUAGUGCAUCAGAGAUGUUACACAGGGAGACACUGGCUGUUUGGCGCACACACACACACACACACACACACACACACACACACACAGUACGUACAUGCACAUAUGCACAUGCAUACACAUACUCAGUUUCCCAUUGAAUCUCUGUGGGCAGUUGUAAGUGUUUUUAUAUUAUUUCUCUGUCUUGCAUCAAGAAUUAAGAUCCUGUGUGGUAGAAACACACCCGAGAAGAUUAGUUAGAUGAGAAGGGUGAUAUAAAGCUCCGAAAUGUUUUUGGAGGUGCAGCCUAAUUAUCUGUGAGUGUGUCUGCUUAAGAUGUGAUUUGUUUCACUGUUUCUUUGUCUUUUGUUUAUUUUAUUUCUAGGUUUCUAUUUAAAUUAUAUUUAGCUCAUUUAUAUAUAUAAUUUUUCCGUUCUGGUGGGUUUUCAAGACAUCUGAAACUGUUGUGAUACCUAGCUUGCUGGCAAGUGUGUAAGUGUGGUAUUACCGUGUUUUAGUUUGUGAAAAGAAGAAAGAAAAAAAACCCCAUCGGUCAGUUUCCAUUAUGCAAAGAGUGGCUCACUCUCACAGCAGAUGGGUGCAGGUGGGAUCGCCCCCCCCCCCUCGUCUGUGGCGCUGGAGCCUCCCCAGCCCGCGUGCCCUUAGACCCCUUUGCCCGGGUCACGUGACUUACUCGAUGAUUGAAUGAAACGCACCUUCAUUUGCAUAUUCUCAUGAAUAUUGAAAAAAAAACGAGGCUCCGGUUGGCACACAGACAAGUAGAUUGGAAAUAGUGGGUCAUCUGUGAGCUCUUGUUUUGUUUUGUUUUUCUAAGCAACUGAAAAAUAAACUAACAGGAAAAAAAAAAAAA